GAGCCACCCUGCCAUAUCUACGUUUACAGUCGAUUUAGUCAAGCGUCACCUGAAAAUCCCGCUGAUUUACGGAUGUGUAUAUAUAUCCCAUCUACAUUAUAUCCGUAUCCCUAUCUAUUCCUAUCUAUUGAUGGGGGCACGCCCCAAAACCCCCAGAGCUCGCCGCGCUCGAAGAUAGGUUGUAUAUCUUUCCCGCCUUUCCACAUCAUAGUCUGCCUCCACGGCAGUGGCCCCCAGAGGGCCAGCGGAGCGUCAUCUGAUCAAUCGACGGUAGCAAGCUUUCCUGAGAUAUUUCCAUCCCCAACACCUUCAACCUCCUCCCCUCCGCCUCCUCCUCCAGAUCACAUAUCCAGAACACCAGGCCUACAUUGAAAGUGUAAAUCGUGCAGUGGCUGGUCAUCUGGUGGAUGGUGCGGCAGGUCCAUGUAAGUUGUCAUUGGCUCACACUCCGCUCUAUAUAAAAGAAAAAAAGAGGAGAGAAGAACCAAUUGCGUUUAGCAGCCAUCAAAUAUUAACAAGGAAAUAUGGACAUGAUAUUCUCAUUGGCCAGUAAUUCCCCAUUAGUCACUCCAAAGCAUACUUUCGCUCUUCACAUUUUCCGAACGGAAUUUGGCCUAUGCCUACCUAUAUGCCUAACCACAAUAUUCAUUAGGGAAUUUGGCGGGGACGAAAGGGCAGCUUUGAAUUUAGUAAAUUAUUUCCUUUCGCUCUUCCUCACUCCUCACUCUCUUCACACCCGCAGUCAUGAUUACACCAGGAAACUUUACCCACCUUCCUAUUUAUCAGAUCGCAUAUCUUCGGGUUCCAAUUUGGUUCUCUAAGCUCUAAUCGACACUCAAUCGUUUUCCCAAACUCACUUUGCCGUCCUUUUCAUUUCGGUUUGCUCUUGGGUUUGGCUUGGGAAGACUGGAAUUAAAAGCUUCUCAACGGAGCAGGAGGAGCACUUCAAUUACGAUCUCAAUUCACACAUUACACAUUACACAUUACAUACACUCUCGAGAUUUACCAGAAUAUUAAUCCAUUUCGCACACACGCCAUCUCGAAUUCGAUAUUACCUUUGUACUAUUAUAAUCAUUGGGAAUGGAUACUACUAGGCGUUCGUCAAGGGCCGCUCGAGGCAGUCAACCUUCUCAAACUAAUUCACACCAUUCUUCAGCUUCUUCGAAUUCUUCUAGUCGCGCAGAGAGAUCUACUCGCUCAAAUAAUAAAGUCGAAUCUCCACGAAAGUCGACUCCAGCUGCCUCACUUUCCUCGGACUCUCCUGACGACCCAAUCACGGCCGAAGAUAGUUCCUCGACACGUCGAAAGCGAGGUCGAGUUGAUGGAGGUGACAAGAUACAAAAAGGACAAUUAGUUGAUGAAGACACAGUCAUUGGUGCAGACGAGGGAGGCGAUGACGAUGAAGCUGUUCGAUGCAUCUGCGGCUACGAUGAAUAUCCUGGACCGCCACAGCUCGAGGACGACGAUAACAAGAAUAAUAUAAAAGAUGGAAUUGAGGAGCCAGUCAUAACAGCAGCGGAUUUUACAGAAGAUUUGGCUGGAUUUUUCUUGCAAUGCGACGUUUGCAAAGUCUGGCAACACGGCGGAUGCGUUGGAAUCGUGAACGAAGAUACGAGUCCCGAAGAAUACUUUUGCGAACAAUGCCGUAAAGAACUUCACAGAAUUCGUUCGGCGUCAAAUGGGCAACGCUACUCUUUAUACCUACCCCUUCACCCGAAUCUUUCCAGAACAACCUCUCGAGCGGCUUCAUUUUCCAAAGAUGGCACAAGAUCACCAAAAGGUGGCAAGAAUGGUCGACCCAGCUCCAGCUCUGCAAGCACAAAGAGGCGCUCAACCAUGAAUAGUAGAGAUGCUGCGUACUUUGAAGCCGCCGAAGAAGAAGCACUCCGAAAAGCCAUAGCGGCUAGUGUCGCAGAUAUCCCAGAAAGUAUUGAUGGCCGGAGUCGCAAAGCAAAAAGAAGUCGGAGUGACAGCGAAGAUAGCAAACACGACGGACCCAAAAGACAACGGACGGACUCGGCUUCUCCUACUCCUGAAGAUGAUGAGAAACCACAAGAGGCACCACACUCGCAAGCAGAAUCCGAAGACAGCACAAUCGUGGGGAAUGGUCGAUUCGGGGCAGCUAAGAAGAUAAGGGGAGCAGCAGCUAAAAACCAUAGAGAAAAGGAAUUGAGGGAGGAACGAGAAAGGUCGAGGCUGGAAGCCGCAAAUAAAAGAAAAGGUCGAGCCGAACGGCGAAGAAUUGAAGAUUCAGAGCCUAUUGAAGAGACCCCGCCGGCAAUAAAACCUCCAAGUAAGAACCCCGAGGUAUCCGCACAACCUCCAGAUCCACCUCCAGUGUCACAAACGAUAGCGCCAGAUACACCUCCUCCAGUUCUGCCGCCAGUUUCGCAUAAGAAGGGUGGCAGACCUCCCAAUCCUCGAAAGGGUAAAUCGGGCAAGAAUCAAUACACUAGGGAAAAGGACGAUAACAAUGUUCAAUCUCCAAAUCGAUCUCAAUCUCGAGAUAUUCCACGUACAGACGAUAAUGUACAGACAAUUACUAGUAGAGCUUCACACAAUGAGAGCAAGACUAGUAAGGCAAAGAACAGCGUAGGAAGCAAAGUUAGUAUGGCUGAGAUGAGGAAACGUGCUACAAAUAUCCUCGAUUUCAUAUCACGGACUCAAAUUGAAUUGGCUGCAGACCCGUCAAUACUUCCAAGUGGCAGUGGAGUAGAGAAAUCUAUUCGGGGGCUGGUCGAAGAAACUCUCCCUAUGAUACAACUUAAUGGCGCAAAUGGAAAACAGGUGGCUCGAGGCGAAAGUGAAUCACCAAAGGAAUUUAAGGAUUUAACGUGUCUGGAAAUGAUGGACAUUCUUACUAGGCAAUUAGUCAAAUGGCAAAAGGAGUAUGCAUGAAAUCUGGCGGGUCAACGAAUGUGGGUUUUUAUAUUACUGGUUUUGGGGUUGGAGUUUGUAUGUAUAUCAUGGGUUUCGAAUGGCUACACGGCGCCUAGAGGCAUAUUGAUUCUAUACCCUACUUCAUGGCUACGUUAGUUAAUGGCAUUGACAUAUUCUCA